GGUCAGGUGGAGGGCAAAACCUUGCUCGCAGCUUUCGUUUCCAGCAGCUUUUGAGUUCGAAAUGUUCAACUCGAAUGGCGAAGGAUACUAUCACCAGGUCCCCUACAGCAUGCAGACUCCUCCUUCCUUGGCAUACUACACCCCGACCUCCCUCCACGAGGCUCACUACAUGUCUCCCAGCCACAUCUACUGUCCUCAAGUCGUCCAGCAAGCAGGAGUAGCCUCUCCAGUUGUCGACUGCUGGAGGCUCCCUGGAUACUUCUUUGGGCUGCCCUUUGCGGGAUACGUAGAAGCACGGCCAGCAGCUGUCGUUGCCGAGAAGGUCGACCCGAAGCUUACGAGCUACGACAAGAUCGUUGCCAAGGAGCUCAAGGACUUCUUGGAUUCUUGUCAAUGCUUCGAAGCCCCUUUAAGAAAACAGGCCAUGGCUGUUAACGCAGCGUUCCAGGCACAGCGAGUCCUCCUCGACAACGUCUGUAAAGUCUCCAAUCCCUCCUCAGCAACGGUCCAUGAGUGGAUAGUUCCGAUCGACCGGGCGCUGCAGGAGAUCGAGGGGAUCAAACGCGAAGGCUGCGUGUCCUCCCCACAGGUCAAAUAUCACCUUCAGAUGAUCGCCGGCGCCAUGACGGCCUUGAGUUGGGUCACCGUCAAAGACCCUGUGUCGUACCUUAGCGACGCCCUUAACGCUUUGCCGGUCUUCGCUACCAAAGUUGAAGAGAACAAGGAGCCCGAGCACAAGAAGCUGGUGGACUGCCUGAAGCUCCUGAUGCGGGCGCUGAGGUCCUUUGUGGCCGAGAAUUAUGCGCAGGGUCUGUUUGGAACGAAGAAGGUUCAGAAGGAAGUUGUCAGCAAAGAUAUGGAAAAGUCGUAUGACAGAGAGCAGAUCGUUCGCGCUUACGACGAGUUUGUGAUUGCCAAGAUGACUCCCCUUGUUGAAGUCCUCAGCUCGCAAUCUGACGAGUUGAAAUCAUACGCGCGAUGCGUCGAAGAGGCGUUUCGAUGUCAGCGAGACAUGCUGGUCACCGUGGCUUCAGGCUCCAAACCCUCAGACGAGGAGUUUGAGCAACUUCUUGUGCCAACCAGCGAGGCUCUAGCAAGCAUCUCCAAGUACGAGGAGUCAGGGGGGAAGCACAAGAAGCACAAGAAGAUGAUCUUGAAUGGCAUCGAGGCGCUUGCCUGGGUCACGUUGCCCAAUCCUGCCGCGUUUGUUUCAGAGAUCGUCAACUGUAUUCCUGUCUUUGCGAACCAGAUACUCGAAGACGCCAGGAAGAAGCAAGAGAAACUAGAGAAGAUCGUCAGCCUCUUCAAGGACUUGAUGCGAGGGCUGCUGAACUACGUCAGGACCCACCAUGCUGAUGGCCUCAACUGGAACAGCAGGAGCGAGUCCAGAGCGUCUGUGUCGCCUAAGACGGGUCGAGUGCGAGUGGAGGCGUGA